AUGAUGAUCACAGGAGACAACAAAGGCACAGCGGAAGCCAUCGCUCGAAAGCUUGGGAUUCUGGCUGGAACAGACACACUGGUCCACAAGUCUUUCACAGGAAAAGAUUUCGAGAAUUUGUCCGACGGCGACAAGGUGAAGGUCUUGCAACACAUCAUGGCGCAGAAAGAUGUCGAAGGAGCCGUAUUUUCCAGGACAGAACCGAAGCACAAGCAGCUGAUCGUGAAGAUCCUGAAACAACUCGGUGAGAUCGUCGCAAUGACCGGCGAUGGGGUCAACGAUGCUCCAGCCCUUAAGCAGGCGGACAUCGGCAUCGCGAUGGGGAUGACAGGGACAGAAGUUGCCAAAGAGUCAGCAGACAUGGUUCUUGCUGAUGACAACUUCUCGACGAUUGUGGCUGCAGUGGAAGAGGGAAGAUCCAUUUACAACAAUAUGAAGGCUUUCAUCCGCUACUUGAUCUCGUCGAACAUAGGAGAGGUCGCUUCCAUCUUCCUUACAGCAGCCUUGGGCAUCCCGGAAGGCUUGGCUCCAGUGCAGCUGCUUUGGGUGAACCUGGUCACGGACGGCCUUCCUGCUACUGCACUUGGCUUCAACCCUCCCGACCUCGACGUGAUGUACCGACAGCCCAGGCGAUCAGACGAUGCCCUGAUCUCUGGCUGGGUGUUCUUUCGAUACAUGGUGAUUGGCAUCUACGUCGGUCUCGCAACGGUGGGCAUCUUCGUCUACUGGUACUGCUUUGACGAGAGCCCCGAUGGUCACACCCUGGUGAGUCUCUCUGAGCUGAUGGGCUGGAGCAAAUGUGCUGAGUGGCAAGCUUUUCUACCGAUGCCUUGUUUGGGACAGACGUUUCAUGGUGAGCCAUGCAGCUAUUUCACAGCUGGCAAAGUGAAAGCGUCAACGCUUUCGCUGACGGUUCUAGUCAUCAUCGAGAUGCUGAAUGCCUUCAAUGCGCUUUCAGAGGACGGAUCCCUACUGCAACUGUCUCCGUGGACAAAUCCCUGGCUGGUAUUGGCCUGCUUGGGUUCUGUGAUGGUUCACUUUGUCAUUCUGUACGUGCCCUUCCUGGCCAAAGUCUUUGCAGUUUGCGCGCUAGAUUGGCACGACUGGGUGUUGGUCAUGGCAUUUUCGUUUCCGGUGAUAGUGAUUGAUGAGAUUCUGAAGUUCUUUGGACGCCAGUACCAGAAGAACGGCGAUGUGACCGGACACUGCGAACCGGAGAAGUUGGACAAGCGCCAGGAAAUGGCCAAGACGCUUUGCGACAACGACAAAGCUCGGGCAGAAUUGCAGAGGAGCGAGUUCUUGUUGGUGGUCAAUGCCAACCCGGGCUCGCGAGUCCAAGUAGAACAGGGCGAUUGGUGCCUUCGUGUCGGCCCUGGUGGAGUCGACCUCAAUCGGAACUGGGAUGAACACUGGCAGGGCGACGAGUCCUUUGGUGGGGACACCAAUCCAGGUCGGCUGCCAUUCAGCGAACCAGAGACGCAGCUUCUGAAGGAGUUAGUCUCAGACUUCCAGCCAACGACAUUCUUGACCAUCCACAGUGGAACACUAGGAAUGUACAUGCCCUGGGCCUUCGACAUGGAACACUUGGCGAACCGCAAUCAGGCCUCCAUGAUGGAGAUUUUGAAGGAAGUGGACCAGGCCCACUGCGAAUGCCCUUUCGGAGCUGCUGGGCGCGAGGUCGGCUAUUCCUGCCCAGGUACCUGCCUGGAUUGGGUCUACGACAAACUUCAGACUCCGUAUGCGUUUGCCUAUGAGAUCUUCUACGGCGGUGAGCUUGAAUCGCUCCGACAGCGGUGGGAGGAGAAGAUGGGGUUGCCAGACGCCUCGCAACUUCAGGCACAAAACCUGGCACACGAGCACUUCAAGGACAUGUUCGAAGACUUCCCCUCCAGCUUCAUCCAGGUCCAAUCUGAAGCUAACGUGACCAAGAGCGGCUCAAAGACCAUUACAGGCUUCGCAUGUUUCGGGGCGUCCGUGGCCCAGCUCGGCAGCUGCAGCUUUGCGCAGUUGCGGGCGUGA